CUGUGAUUGUACCUCUCCACCAUUGCCCAUUACCACUACCACCAUACGUUAUCACUUACCCCAUCAAUUAAUUAUUCUUUAAACUACAACCUUUACAUCUACAACUACCACUACAACCACUACACCACCCAUAAUCAUUCGUUUGUAUUAUUCGCCUCUCACGACAACGACGAAAUACGUAACAUAAUACUACCGAAGCAAAGAGGAAAUCAAAGUCUGCUUUAAUAUCGUCAAAUUAGCAUUCGGAGAUCUUACGGAUUGUCUAAUUUCUCCCCGUCACGCUGCCCAGCAUGUUUCGGGGAACAGCCAUCGGGCCUUAUGACGAACUAAUCGCCAAGGCGACAGACGAGAACCUCACUUCCGAAGAUUGGGGAGCUAUCAUCGAAGUCUGCGACAAAGUUACCAGCGACCCGAAUGGCCCUAAUCAAGCUGUUCAGAGCCUGAUAAAGCGACUGGCGCAUCGCAACGCUAAUGUUCAGCUGUACACUCUGGAGUUGGCAAAUGCUCUCUCCCAGAACUGCGGCAAGGGCAUGCACCGCGAACUCGCCAGUCGCGCCUUUACAGAGGCUCUACUAAAACUAGCCAACGACCGUAACACACACCAACAGGUCAAAGUGAAGAUCCUAGAGAGGAUGAAGGAGUGGUCCGAUAUGUUCAACCAGGAUGCCGAUCUGGGUAUUAUGUACGACGCCUACUACCGACUCAAGCAGACGAACCCGACACUGCAACCACCCUCCGCCCCACAGAAGACCGGUCUCACCGACGUAGAUCGCCAGAAGGAGGAGGAUGAACUACAGAUGGCGUUAAAGUUAUCCUUGCAAGAAGAGGAAAAGAAAAAGGUCGUUACUCAGCCUAGUUCGUCUGUUGCUGGCCCGAGUGUGGGAGCAGGACCCAGUGCGGCGGCUAGUCAGCCUGAAGCAAUACCCUCGCAUCCGACCGGUACAACCGCCGCUACGGUAUCGCGAGUUCGCGCCCUUUACGAUUUUAUACCCUCCGAGCCUGGCGAGUUAGAAUUCAAGAAAGGCGAUAUCAUCGCUGUUCUCGAGUCGGUGUACAAGGAUUGGUGGCGGGGUUCGUUGAAGGGCAGAACGGGUAUCUUCCCGCUGAACUACGUCGAGAAACUUGCGGAUCCGACACCUGAUGAGCUUCAACGUGAGGCGCAGAUGGAAGCUGAGGUGUUCGCUGAGAUUAAGAACGUAGAGAAGCUCUUGACAUUGUUGAGCACAUCGAAUGCUUCGCCAAGGGAGGAGGAUAACGAGGAAAUUUCGAAAUUAUACCACCAAACGCUUGCGAUCCGACCCAAGUUAAUCAAGUUAAUCGAGAAGUACUCUCAGAAGAAAGAAGACUUCACGCAAUUGAAUGAGAAAUUCAUCAAGGCUAGAAGAGACUACGAAUCGCUAUUAGAAUCUUCGAUGUCCCACCCACCUCAGCCGAACUACCACCAAUACGCACCAAGACCGCUCAUGACCCCUGGAUAUGGUGUUCCGGGAGGCCCAGGCCCCGGCCCGGGUCCUGGUUUUGCUCCCCAGGGACCACCCCCUGUCCAACAAGAGCCUCAACGAUUCUAUACACCUGCGCCCCAAGGACCACCUCAGCAAGAACAGAAUCAAUACCAUCAACCUACAUCCCCGCCUCCUAACUUCCAACGACCAACCCCGGCACCCGCUCCGUUCUAUUUGCAGGGUGCGGAAGUUCCCGCCCAAGCGAGUCAACCACCGCCCCAGCAAUAUCCGCCGAGAGACCAGCAGCCGUCGCGGAUAGCCGUCGGAAAGCAACCCGCUCCACUUCAGACCUCGUCUCCACCACCACAAGCCUACCAGGCGUACUCCCAAGCUCCGCCUCAAGCAGGACAGCGACCUCAGAGCACUUACGGUAACCCGCAAGAGCUAGCCACAUCUGCAUACGACUCCCCAGUCGCAACCACGGGGAACAUCGGUCGAUCCGAUACCUAUACUUCAUCCGUGUACUCCCAAGAGGACCCGUACGCCUCCAGCCCGACAAACCUCGGUCCCUCCGCACCCCCCGUACCCGUCCCUUCCGCUCCGUCUGCCGCUGCGCAAGGCGUUCCGACCCCUCUAGCGAUCGCUUCGCAGCCCCAUCCCUCCGCGCCGGCCCCAUCGGUUCCACCUGCGCAACCGCAAUACUCAGCGUAUAAUCCCCAACAGCAGCCGCAACGACAAGAUUCCUUCGAUGCUCCGCCUCCGCCCCAACCAACAGGCGCGGCACCCCCGAUCCCUCAGCCGAGUCAUGUGAUGACACCCCCGCCGUUACAUCCAGGUGGCCCGGCGUUUGAUGCGAGACAGUCGUUGCCGAGUCAAGCUGUGGGGCAGGGACAGCAACACCCGCAGUAUAAGGCGUAUGUACCGCCUGGUGUGAAUGUGGGCGAGCCGAGUGCGCCGCAGGAUUUUUAUCGGCAGGGUGCUGCUUAUUAGAGGAUGAUAAAGCGAGGUAACUCAGGCGAAAAGGGGAAGGGAAGAAAAGUGCCUAAGUGACGCGGAAGCGAGAGCGAAGUAAAGUGGCGUGCGAUUUAAGGAUAUAUUCAUACGUUCAAGGGGGCUCCUAUUUGGUCGUGGCGGCAUUCCAGCUUAGUCGUUGGCACAUUGCAUUGGGCCGUAUUGGUUGCGUGGGAUGAAAGAGAAGCAGAAGUUGAUUCCCGGUGCAGACCUGAAUCUACCAGAGGAAGAAGUGAAGAGGAAGUAGGUGGUAGACACGUAUGUAAUUGAAUGGGGAGAGAUACAAUAUCAAUGUGAAUUUUGAAAAUUAUUAAGAUAUUCGAAGGCGGUUCGACGUGAUAUUGUAAUUAUGGUUGACCAAUUUGGUGAGGCUAUACGAUGAGGACAAGUACAUAAGUACGUACAUAUGACAUCUUCAGUGACACUCUUACAGCUUGUAGAGAUGCAUUUUUCUUCUAAUAUAUAUAAUAACUGCAUU